GCUCGCAAACUCAACGAAAAAAUUCGGAAUAGCAAAAGAAAAGUGUGACGCGUUCCUGCAAGAAUUGUACAAUUAAAUUAAAUUAAGUUGCAAGAUUGUUGCUUAUCAACUAAAGAAAAUCUCUUGACGCAUUUUUUUCCGGGUCGAAUAGAACGAUACUCAACUUCCAUUAAAAAAUGGCUGAUAAUGAUGAUCUUUUGGAUUAUGAGGAUGAGGAGCAGACCGAGACCACUGCCGCCGAAGUCCCUGAAGCACCAAAGAAAGACGUGAAAGGCACAUACGUGUCAAUUCACAGUUCGGGCUUUCGUGAUUUUCUGCUGAAGCCGGAAAUUUUGCGUGCAAUAGUUGACUGCGGUUUCGAGCAUCCGUCUGAGGUGCAACAUGAGUGUAUACCACAGGCAGUGCUGGGAAUGGAUAUUCUCUGUCAAGCCAAGUCGGGUAUGGGUAAGACUGCUGUUUUUGUGCUUGCAACUUUACAACAGCUAGAACCGACGGAAAAUGUGGUAUACGUGUUGGUUAUGUGUCAUACUCGUGAAUUAGCAUUCCAAAUUAGCAAGGAGUACGAACGAUUCUCCAAGUAUAUGCCAGCUGUGAAGGUUGGCGUAUUCUUUGGCGGCUUAUCCAUUCAGAAAGAUGAAGAAUCGUUGAAGGGUACAACGCCACACAUUGUUGUUGGCACACCUGGUCGUAUCCUAGCCUUGAUACGCAACAAAAAACUUAAUCUAAAGCACUUGAAACACUUUAUUCUUGACGAAUGUGACAAAAUGUUGGAACAACUUGAUAUGCGUCGCGAUGUUCAGGAGAUUUUUCGAAGCACUCCACAUGGAAAACAAGUAAUGAUGUUUUCCGCUACGUUGAGCAAGGAAAUACGUCCGGUGUGCAAAAAAUUUAUGCAAGAUCCCAUGGAAGUUUAUGUGGAUGACGAAGCUAAAUUGACAUUGCACGGAUUACAACAGCACUAUGUUAAACUGAAGGAGAACGAGAAAAACAAGAAAUUGUUUGAAUUGUUGGAUGUACUCGAAUUCAAUCAAGUUGUAAUUUUCGUAAAAUCAGUACAACGGUGCAUGGCUCUAGCUCAGUUACUAACCGAACAAAAUUUCCCCGGAAUUGGCAUACAUCGUGGAAUGACACAAGAGGAACGUUUAAAUCGCUAUCAACAAUUCAAGGAUUUCCAAAAACGCAUAUUGGUAGCCACCAAUCUUUUUGGUCGUGGUAUGGAUAUCGAACGUGUGAAUAUUGUAUUUAAUUAUGAUAUGCCUGAAGAUUCGGACACUUAUCUUCAUCGUGUGGCUCGUGCUGGUCGUUUUGGUACCAAAGGUUUGGCUAUAACCUUUGUCUCGGAUGAGGCUGAUGCAAAAAUUUUGAACGAAGUGCAAGACAGAUUUGAUGUCAACAUCACUGAGUUGCCUAAUGAGAUUGAUCUAUCAUCCUAUAUCGAGGGACGAUAAAAUACUUAACUUCUAUAUAAGUACUGCUACUAAAAUGGGCUACUUAUUGUAAACCUAACGUAAUCUAUAGUGUAUUACUCAAAUAAAAGUCCAGAAACCAAAUGAGACAUUUUAUUUUAAGACGCUUUCUAAUAAGUACAUAACAGAAUAAAAAGAUAAACUAAAGAAUUA